GAGCUAAAGAUCAGUCGCGCACAUGCGUGUUUUAAAGUGAUUUAUUCACAUCAUCAGCGCAACUGAGACCCGUUCAAAACUCAACCGACACAUUUUAAAGAAGAAGUACUGUCUUUUUAAAUAGACAUCUUUGAGAUCGCAUUUAUUUUUCGCGUUUUCGAUCUUUUUGCGUGUUGUUAUCGCGUCGUCCAGUGCAGACCCAGUGAGUGUGUGUGUGUUUGUCCGCUCUGCGCUGCUGUACUUCAGCGUGUGUGUGUUGAUGUGAUAUUAUGGCGGUGAAUCUGGAUAAAGACGCGUUUUACCGCCGCAUCAAGCGACUCUACGGGAACUGGAAGAAAGGAGAAGAUGAGUUCGGGAAGGUGGACGCCAUCGUGGUUUCUGUCGGAGUCGACGAGGAGAUCGUCUACGCCAAAUCUACAGCCCUUCAGACGUGGCUAUUUGGGUACGAGCUCACCGACACCAUCAUGGUGUUUUGCGAGACCAGGAUCAUUUUUCUGGCCAGUAAGAAGAAGGUGGAGUUCCUGAAGCAGGUCGCCAUCACGAAAGGCAACGAGAACGCAAACGGGAUUCCUCCGAUCACGCUGCUCGUCCGAGAAAAGAACGAGAGCAACAAGGUGAACUUCGAGAAGAUGGUGGAAGCCAUCCGCGGAAGUAGAGAAGGCAAGACGGUCGGCGUGUUCAUGAAGGACAAGUUCCCGGGAGAAUACAUGAAGAGCUGGAGCGACAUGAUCACGGCCGAGGGCCUGAAGAGGGUGGACGUCAGCACGGCGGUGGCGUACACGAUGGCGGUGAAGGAGGACGGAGAGCUGGCGCUCAUGAAGAAGGCGGCUGCCGUCACCAGCGAUGUCUUCACCAAGUUCUUCAAGGAGCGAGUGAUGGAGAUCGUGGACGCCGACGAGAAAGUCAAGCACAGUCGUCUGGCCGAGUCGGUGGAGAAGGCCAUCGAGGACCGGAAGUUUCUGGGCGGCGUGGACCCGUCGACCGUGGAGAUGUGCUACCCUCCCAUCAUUCAGAGCGGCGGCAGCUACAGCCUGAAGUUCAGCGUGGUCAGCGAUAAGAACCACAUGCACUUCGGCGCUAUAACCUGCGCCAUGGGCAUCCGCUACAAGUCCUACUGCUCCAACCUGGUGCGCACGCUCAUGGUGGACCCGCCGCAGGAAAUGCAGGACAAUUACAACUUCCUGCUGCAGGUGGAGGAGGAGCUUCUGAAGGAGAUGAAGCACGGAGUGAAGCUGUGUGACGCCUUUAACACCGUCCUGGAGUUCGUCAAGAAAGAGAAACCAGAUCUGGUCAGCAAACUGACAAAAAACCUCGGGUUCGCUAUGGGCAUUGAGUUCAGAGAAGGAUCGCUCGUACUGAACGCCAAAAAUCAGUUCAAACUCAAGAGAGGGAUGGUGUUUAGCAUCAGUCUGGGAUUGGCUGACAUGAUCAACAAAGAGGGGAAGAAAGACGAGCAGAAAAAGUACGCCCUGUUCAUCGGAGACACCAUACAGAUCAAUGAGGAGGAUCAAGCCACCGUCCUCACGCCCGUCAAGAAGAAGAUCAAAAACGUUGGCAUUUUCCUGAAGAACGCUGAUGAAGAGGACGAGGAGGAAGAGGACGAUAACGCCGAGGAGCUGCUGGGGAAAGGAGCUCGCGGCGCCGCCCUGCUCACAGACAGAACCAGGAAUGAGAUGACGGCUGAGGAGAAGAGGCGGGCCCAUCAGAGAGAGCUGGCCAAUCAGGUGAACGAGGAGGCCAAGCGGCGUCUGACGGAGCAGAAGGGAGUACAGCAGAUACAGAAAGCCAGAAAGUCGAACGUGUCGUAUAAGAACGUCUCCCAGAUGCCCCGCGAGAAGGACAUCAGAGACAUGAAGAUCUUCAUCGAUAAGAAGUACGAGACGGUCGUCAUGCCCGUGUUCGGCAUCGCCACGCCGUUCCACAUCGCCACCAUCAAGAACAUCAGCAUGUCUGUGGAAGGAGAUUACACGUAUCUGAGGAUAAACUUCUUCGUGCCCGGCAGCUCGCUGGGACGCCACGACGGGAACAUCUUCCCCAACCCCGAGGCCACGUUUGUCAAAGAGAUUACGUACCGCGCGUCGAACCUCAAGUCGCCCGGCGAUCACUCCGUUCCCUCCACCAACCUGCAGAACGCCUUCCGUAUCAUCAAAGAGGUGCAGAAACUGACUCUGUGUGUCUCUCCAGGUUUCCGUUUCACGUCAGUACGCGGCGAUAAAGUCGACAUCCUUUACAACAACAUCAAACACGCCAUUUUCCAGCCCUGCGACGGAGAGAUGAUCAUCGUGCUGCACUUCCACCUGAAGAACGCAAUCAUGUUUGGUAAGAAGCGUCACACGGACGUGCAGUUCUACACGGAGGUGGGCGAGAUCACCACAGACCUGGGCAAACACCAGCACAUGCACGACCGCGACGACCUCUACGCCGAACAGAUGGAGCGAGAGAUGCGACACAAACUCAAAUCCGCCUUCAAGAACUUCAUUGAGAAGGUCGAGUCGCUCACUAAGGAAGAGCUGGAGUUCGAGGUUCCUUUCAGAGAUCUCGGGUUCCAGGGCGCCCCCUACAGGAGCACCUGCCUGCUGCAGCCCACUUCCAGCGCCCUCAGUAACGUCACGGAGUGGCCUCCGUUCGUGGUGACGCUCGACGAGGUGGAGCUGGUUCAUUUCGAGCGAGUCCAGUUUCACCUGAAGAACUUCGACGUGGUCAUCGUUUAUAAGGACUACAACAAGAAAGUCACCAUGAUCAACGCUGUGCCCGUCAACUCUCUGGAUCCCAUCAAAGAGUGGCUCAACUCGUGCGAUAUCAAGUACACUGAAGGCGUACAGUCUCUGAACUGGACCAAGAUCAUGAAGACCAUUGUGGACGAUCCCGAGGGCUUUUUCGAGCAGGGCGGCUGGUCCUUCCUCGAUCCGGAGAGUGAGGGAAGCGGCGCGGAGCAAGACUCGGAGUCUGAGAUGGAGGACGAGACGUUUAACCCCUCGGCUGACGAGGAGGAGGUGGAAGAGGAGGACAGCGAUGAAGAUUACUCCUCGGAGACAGAGGACUCUGAUUACAGCGCGUCUCUGGGCAGCGAGGAGGAGAGCGGCAAAGACUGGGACGAACUGGAGGAGGAAGCCAGGAAAGCUGAUCGUGAGAGUCAGUAUGAGGAGACAGAGGAGACCUCAAACAGGAAGAGGAAAGGACGUUCGUCAGCUCCGCCUCCCAGCAGCAAGAAGAAGAGACGACAUUAGAAAACACACACACUCUCUCUCUCACUCACACACACUGCCAAAUCAGUCUGCCACAGUCCUCUCUGACUGCCCCACACUCACUCACUCUCACACAGACACACUCACACUCUCUCACACACUCACUCACACACACACUCUCUCUC